AUGACCGUGCUGAAGACUCUGGAGCAUACGAAAAUUACUUUCUUGCCACUGUGGCUGGAAUUAACAAUGUUUUUGUCUGCAUGGCCACAGACUGGGAUGUCCCGAUACCAGAGCCUCCCUGAAGUAGUGAUACCUUUGAGAGCACCUAGCACUUAUAAAAGUAUGGAAGCUCUAGGCUGGAUCUCCUAUAGCCUGCACUUUGGGGGCCAGAGACACAUUGUCCACAUGAAGGCUAAGAAGCAUUUGGUGUCCAGAGCUCUCACUGUGUUCACCUACACUGACCAGGGUGCUCUUAUUGAGGACCAGCCUUUUGUCCAGAAUGACUGCUAUUACCAUGGUUAUGUGGAAGGGGACCCUAAAUCCAUGGUUACUCUUAGUACUUGUCUAGGAAGCCUUCAAGGAAUACUGCAGACAAAUGGAGUCACCUAUGAAAUCAAGCCCAAAGCGCACUCUGCCACAUUUGAACAUCUGGUGUAUAAGAUGGAAGACACACAGUAUACACAUGGAAGUUGUGGACUAACUGAAGAAGAAAUAGUAGAGCAAUUGAAGUCUCAAGAUAAUGCUAAUUCCACUCUGAUGCAAAGUUCUCAUACAGGAUGGUGGCUCCACCGACAGUUUCUUGAACUAGCAAUUGUGGUAGAUUAUGGAAGAUUCAUUUUUAGGAAAAGGAAUGUGUCCAUUGUGGAAAUGGAUGUAUUCAUGGGUGUCAAUUUAGUAGAUGAUAUUUAUAGCUCAAUUAGUCUUGAUGUGGUUCUAACUGGAGUUGAAGUUUGGAGUGCAGGAAACCCCUACUCAGUAACUACCGCACGUCAUAUGAUGGAACAGUUUUGCAAAUGGAAGAAAUCCAGCUUUAAUAGCCGUGUAGCUCAUGAUUCUGCACAUAUUAUUGUGAAGCAGGAUUUUUGUUUUAAGCAUCUUACUGAGUCAUACUUUUCUGAAGUAUGUAAUAUUAAUUUGAAUUGUGGUUUAGAGUGCAUUAUGGAUGAUGGAUUGGCUUCAUUUAGAACAUAUGUGACACAUGAGAUUGGUCACACAUUGGGAAUGAUGAAUGAUGAUGGUAACAACUGCGCAUGUGAGAGAAAAGUAUGUGUAAUGAACAAAAGGCUAAUACCCUCAGAUGCAUUCAGCAACUGUAGUUAUGCACAAUAUUUAGAGACUAUUUCUAGAAAGAGUUGUUUGACCGAUGUCCCAAACCCACAGGCUAUUUUUAUAAAGAAACGCUGUGGGAAUGGUGUGAUUGAAGACGAAGAGGAAUGUGAUUGUGGUUCCUUAAAACUGUGUUCCCAAGAUAGAUGUUGCUCAGAAAACUGCACUCUGGUAUCUGGGGCAGCAUGUGCUUCUGGGCUGUGUUGCCAUAACUGCCAGUUUAUGCCAUCAGGCACAGUGUGUAGAGAACGUGUCAAUCAAUGUGAUCUGCCAGAGUGGUGCAAUGGAAGCUCUGCUGCAUGCCCAGAAGAUGUGUAUGUGGAGGACGGGAUCCACUGUCUGGGCAGGAAUAUCUGUUUUCAAAAGAAAUGUAAUAACCGUGAUGAUCAGUGUACAAAACUUUUUGGCAAAGGAGCCAAGAAUGCAAACAAGAAUUGCUACCUAGCAGUGAACACCAAAGGUGAUCGCUUUGGUAAUUGUGGUAGGAAAGAUAAUAAGUAUGUAAGAUGUAAUUAUAAAGAUGCUCUGUGUGGGAGAGUACAAUGUGAGAAUAUAGAAGAAGUUCCCCAUUUAAGCAAUCAUUUUACUGUGCAUUCAACUCAAGUUGAUGGAAACAGCUGCUGGAGUACUGAUUACCAUUUUGGGAUGAAUGUACCUGAUACUGGUGAGGUGAGCGAUGGUACAGAAUGUGGUCCAGACUUUCUGUGCUUAGAAAGGAAGUGUGUCUUUAUGCCACCAUGGGAAGAAUCUUGUCUGCCUAUGUUCUGCAAUAAGAGAGGCAUCUGCAACAAUAAACAUCACUGCCAUUGUAAUGAAUAUUGGGCUCCACCCAACUGCCUGAAAAAGGGCUAUGGAGGUAGUAUUGACAGUGGCCCACCUCCUGUAAGAAGAUCACACAAAAUGAUUUACAUCAUAAUUCUUAUUUGGCUUUUGGCUUUUAUUGUAUGUUCCUUCUUGUUACUUUGUUUUUUGUGUUUAGAGAAUAAAAGAUAUGAGGAAAGAAGGAGAUAUAUUGCAUCUUUACCUAAGAAAAGAAAACAUAAAGGUAAAAAGUCAUCCAAGAAGGAAGAGGAAAAUCUUGGAACAGAACUUGAGGAACAAAAGCAAAAUGUUGAGAAGCUAUCUGAGGAAGAAGAGGAAAGCUGA